AUGGGGAGCAGUAACAUGCUUCAGACGGUGUUCUUGUCUCUCUCUCUCCCGUUCGCCGGCAUGAGCGCGGUGCUCGUGGUCUACGUCUGCCUCCUCUGGUACGUCUCCGGCGGCGGUCGCCUGGCCGGAACGGACAAGCCGUACCCAGAAGGAGGCCUGUCCUCUCAGGAGCUCGCGAAGCUGCCGAGGGUCACGGGGAAGGAGCUAGGGGCGGGGACGGAGUGCGCCGUGUGCCUUGAGGAGGUCGACGGGGAAGAGCCGGCUCGGCUGGUCCCGGGUUGCCGCCACGGGUUCCACCAGGAGUGUGCCGACGCGUGGCUCGGUCGGCACUCGGUGUGCCCCGUUUGCAGGGCCAAGCCCGAGGCUCGGUCGUGGCUCGAAGAAGCCGAAGAUCGCCAAAGCCCGUGCUAGAAUUCCGAUUCCUCCGGGACUUUUAUUUUUUCACGGUGAAUUGGUGGGUCGGUGCUUGUUAGUUUUCUUUU